AUGGAAACGCCGAAGGAGAUCGCGACUCUGACGCUCGAUCAGAGGCUCAACUACACACAAGUCGCUAUGGCUUGUCUGGCUGCAUAUGCAUGGGUCUGGGACAUCAAUAGGGAGGUUGAGCUCAUCUGGGGAAAGCAACAAUCGGCAUUCUCCAGACUUUCUUACAUCGUACUUCGCUACGGAGGGGUGUUUAUGAUGAUGUACGUCCUUCGGCCUAAAUACCUAGAGCGCGUCGUCGUCGUCGACUAA